AUGGCGGCGGGGGCAAUGGCGACCGCCGCCGGAGCCGCCGUACUUAUCUACUACGUGUUUAAUCGGAGGUUGGCGUCGCAACUUGACACCGACGACGACGACAGCGAUCGGAGUGGAAAUCUCUCGAAGAUGAGAUCGGCGAGAAAGAGGCUCUCUCGGCGACCGGCGCAAGCGCCCGCCACGUGGCUCGAGUCGCUGAACACAUUGUCCGAUACGCUCCGGUUCACUUACUCUGAAACACUCGGCAAGUGGCCGAUCGGCGAUUUGGCCUUCGGCAUUAACUACCUCAUGCGUAGGCAGGGUAAUUUACAAGUUGCGAGUGUAUAUGCUGGUAGUGAUAGUGUGCAGCUCAAAGGGUCUGGAAUUAUUGAGGAGUUGCAUUAUUACUUGAAGUUGUUGACGCUUUGUAUGCUUUUUUCAAAGAAACCGUUUCCGGUGUUUUUAGAGUCCGGGGGUUUCUCUCAGGAAGAUGUACUUCUUCAGAAGCCCAAGGCUGGGCUUCUGAAGCCCGCAUUCACAAUUAUUCGCGAUAAAAACUCAAAAUGCUUCCUUCUAUUAAUACGUGGUACACAUAGCAUCAAAGAUACACUAACUGCUGCUACUGGAGCAGUGGCCCCAUUCCACCAUUCGGUUUUGCAUGAUGGUGGAAUAAGCAACUUAGUCCUAGGAUAUGCCCACUGUGGGAUGGUUGCUGCAGCCCGUUGGAUUUCUAUGAUCAGUACUCCUUGCUUGCUCAAGGCUCUUGGUGAAUAUCCUGACUACAAAAUAAAGGUUAUUGGGCAUUCACUAGGUGGUGGUACAGCUGCAUUGUUAACAUAUAUUCUUCGAGAGCGGAAAGAGUUCUCUUCAAGCACUUGUGUUACAUUUGCCCCAGCUGCCUGUAUAACGUGGGAGUUGGCAGAAUCUGGCAAGCACUUCAUCACUACUAUCAUCAAUGGCUCUGACCUGGUGCCUACUUUCUCAGCAGCUUCUGUUGAUGAUCUCCGGUGUGAGGUCACAGCUUCAUCUUGGUUAAAUGAUUUGCGGGAUCAGGUUGAACGUACAAGAGUUUUGAAUGUUGUUUAUCGCUCUGCCUCUGCUCUGGGUUCUCGUCUACCAUCUAUAGCUAGUGCAAAAGCGAGGGUUGCUGGUGCUGGUGCACUGUUGCGGCCAGUAUCUAGCAGCACACAGGUUGUGAUGAAGCGUGCACAGAAUGUUGUUGUCAGAACUCAUUCAUCUAUAUCAUCAUGGUCUUGCAUGGGUGCACGUCGCCGGAAUGUGGGUCCAUUAUUGAAUUCUAAAGCAGAUGAUUUGCCUGAAGCUUCUGUUGUAUGUGAAAAGGAUUCUGAAUCUCAGACUGAAAGAGUGACCAUAGAUCCAAUGCAGAAUAACUUGGAAUCUAGUUUUAGUGGCCGAUCCGGUCAUGAUGAUACCGAUGAAGAGGAGCAGCUUUUGCCAGUGAAUGAGAAUACUACUACAUCUACUGUUGGAGACAUCACUGAAGGUGAGUUGUGGUAUGAACUGGAGAAGGAGCUUACGAGGCAGGAGAAUGACAUCAAUGUCGAGGCCCAGGAGGAAGAAGCUGCUGCAGUGAGAGAAAUAACAGAUGAAGAAAACAUGCUGGUUGAUGUUGCAGAAAGCAAUACGGCCAUCUCUUCAUUAGAUGUUUCAGAGAGCCACCGGUUCUAUCCCCCUGGCAGAAUCAUGCACAUUAUUUCUGCCCCUUCGUCUAAUUCUAUUAAUUUAGAUCAUGAUGGACCUAUUGAAGAACAUGUGGGUAUAUACGAGACACCUAGAGAACUGUAUAGUAAGCUCCGACUUUCUAGGACGAUGAUUAAUGAUCACUACAUGCCUAUGUAUAAGAAAAUGAUGGAAUUGUUGAUCAGGGAACUGGAAAAUGAUGAAUCCAGUAGUUUUGAGUCCAAGCUUCCGCAUGCUUGGCUUAAAGCUCACUUGGAAACUUAUUUGGGGGCUAUGGUGCUCUUUCCAUCUCUUCUUGAAGGGCUGGCAAGAACCAGAUCGCUCAAGAAAAUGAAGAAUUGUCAGGAAGAUGUUGCAAGGAAAACUGCAGAAGCAUUGGAAAAGGAAGCGAAAAAGAAUGAGAUGGUUUUGAGUUCUUCUUCUGGCAUUGUUAUGUCUGAUAAGUCUAACAAUUUUUCCUCUGUUUGCUCCAAGAGAGGCCAGAAGGGGAUCAAUCAAGAUUGCUUAUUCAUUUGGGAGGAAUUUGGAUGCCAAGAAGACAUGAUCUUUUGUGGGAUAUUUGAUGGGCAUGGCCAAUGGGGCCACCAUGUUAGCAAAAGGGUCAAGGAAUCAAUGCCUGCUUCUUUGUUGUGCAAUUGGCAAGAGACUCUCACUUUAGCAUCACUGAACCUCGACUUCGAAAUGGAGAUGGAUAGAAACCUCCAUCGGUUUGAUAUAUGGAAGCAAUCCUUUCUUAAAACGUAUGCUGCCAUUGACAAGGAGCUUAAGCAUUCUUCUAAAAUGGAUUCUUAUCGAAGUGGCGCUACAGCAUCAACAAUUGUUAAGCAGGGCGAACAUCUCAUCGUCGCAAAUGUCGGUGACUCCCGGGCUGUCUUGGCCUCCAUUUCAGAAGAUGGGAGUUUGGUACCUCUUCAGCUUACAGUGGACUUUAAACCCAAUAUACCUCAGGAGGCAGAACGAAUAACAAGAUCCAAUGGACGAGUAUUUUGCUUACAUGAUGAACCAGGGACUUACAGGGUCUGGAUGCCAAAUGGUAAGACACCAGGACUGGCAAUAUCAAGAGCCUUUGGCGACUAUUGUGUUAAGGAUUUUGGGCUUAUCUCAGUGCCUGCUGUCAGUCAAAGGCAUAUCACCAGCAGAGACCAGUUUGUCAUUCUAGCAACAGACGGGGUAUGGGAUGUUAUCUCCAACGAAGAAGCUGUACAGAUAGUUUCCUCCACUCCAGAUAGGAAAAAAGCAGCUAAAAAGCUUGUGGGAUGUGCCACUCUUGCAUGGAAGUCUAAGAAACGAGGCAUCGCCAUGGAUGACAUCUCAGCUAUUUGCCUCUUCUUUCACGCAUCAUCCUCACAACAUGCCAACCUUAUGAAUCUAUGA